GAUAAAGUUUAGUUGUAGUAUUCCACUCGCAGGGUUCCACAAACGCAAGCACACACACACACACACGCGCGGGCGCGAGUAAAUGAGAUCAUAUGAGCCUACUUAUGCUUCAAUAAUUUUUCUCACUCUAGAGGUUCAGUGAGUGCAUUUGCCAAAAAAGAAAAAAAAAGAAUAAGUAAGCAUAAGAGACACGUUUCCUUGACUGUGUGACAUGGUUUAUAUUAACACAGAGCAGAGACACUCGGGCUUCCCUGACUCCUCUAACGCAGCUGUGGAGACUAAACUGUGCUUCAGGAUAUUUCUGACAUCCGUCACUUGGGCUUUACCUCACUCCUUUAGUCACGUGAUGCGCCUCUGACUGGGUGGUGGGCGUGUGUUAAGCGGUGGGGUUUCAUUCAUAAAUACUUUUAGCCUUAAAGUCCACAUUAAAGUGAUCACGGAAGAGUUCCGCGUUAUUGACUUCGCCCCUCCACUCCCGCAUGGACCAGGAUAGUUGGGUAGCCAUGCAGCACUACCGUCCUGUUGCUCUGAGGCCAGUGGGUCGGCCCUGAGGGGGAACACCGCUGCUCAGGCUCAGUUGGCUGGGUGCGCUGUGGUGGCUGAGGAUGCAGCAAGGGAGCUGAGGAGGAGACUCCUGAGCUACAGCCUGGCACACACAUUCAGAGCUGCUACUGCUGCUGCUGCGUACUGCCCUCCACCAGGGGGGACUCUCUAGUUGGCCUGGACCAUGAGCAAUGAGUCUACCGUCUGGAACAGCCUACCAGAAAACUCCACAACUCAGGAGAUCCCACUCGAGGUUGAGGAGCAGCAGGAUGGUUAUGUGCUCCUCCUGGUGAUCCUCUCCAUCUUCUUGGUAGGAACACUGACAUUCAUCUCUGUCUUCCUCUUCGCUUGUCGCCGUGGAGGGAAAUGCUGUGCCAGGGCCAGCAAUGACCCUGAGAAAACCAACAACACCUACUUGGAGGAGUCUCAGCCCACCCAUGAAAUCACCAUCAGGGUGGAUGAGUCAGACUGCCUGUCCAUGGCCAGUUCUCAUGACCAAGAAACAGAGCGUUUCCUCUCCACGGGCCCCACAGGCCGUCGCGUCUCCUUCAAUGAGGCUGCGCUCUUCGACCACGGCAAGAAAACCCAGGAGAAAGGCCGCAGGUACACUCUGACGGAGGGUGACUUUCAUCAUCUGAAGAAUGCCCGGCUCACAAACCUCCACAUACCUCCUCCGGCCCUCAAGAUAGUCACCAUCCACGAGUGCGACUCUGCGGAGAACACCAUCACGAUGACAACGCGCCCUGUCGCUAAGUCAGCCCUUUCCAUCUUCCAGCCAAUGCUGUGUCCCUUGCCACAAACAGCGUUGACCAGCCUCAGUGUCAGUCCAAGCUGUGCCCUCCCUGGAGAUGCUCUCAACUCUGUGGUGGACAGCACCAAAGAACCAAGCUCCACUUCUAUUGAAAUGAUGGGAGUGGGGCCUCGGGGCAGAGGCAGCAGUGUCAGUGUGGGAGAAUCAGCAGUGCUGGGGAGCGGUGCCUCUCCUGCUGGUGGCGGUGCAGGCCAGAGGCCCGUGCUGCAGUUCCUUACUAAACUGCGGCGCCAUGCUAGUCUAGAGGGGGCCAGUCCCUACUUCAAGAUCAAGAAAUGGAAGCUGGACAGCAGCCAGAGAGCAUCGAGUCUGGACACCAGAGGCUCUCCAAAGAGGAGACAGUUCCAGCGCCAGCGGGCCGCCAGUGAGAGCAUGGACCAGGAUGACAACGAUGCACAUCAUAUAGACCUCAUCCAAUACAUUGCCCGCACCCAUGACGUCACCUAUCGCCCUAGCCAGCCCACCACAUGCCUCCUCUCGCCUCCUUCGACACCACCCCCCUCCCUCGGCAGGGUAGAGGUAGAGGUGAUGGUGGAGCCCAGCUGCAGCCAUGGAGGACCAGGGGUGAUUGGCCUGUCCCCUGAUCCCCAAGAGGAAGCGCUGUCCUUGGCUAGAAGGGAAAGUGCAAACCAAUCCGACCCCAUUGAUCCCCAGGAUUCCCAGUCACUUUACAGAGACAUCUGGACAUUACGUGCAACUCUCGAACAGUACGCAGCCUCUGACCAGAGCAGCAACAAUGACAGGAACUCAGUCUGCAGUGAUGCUGACAGUGUGUGUUCACUUGGUGGACGAACAGACACAGAAAGAGGUCUCCCCAGCUACCCAUCCCAGGAUUUAGGGGAUGAGGGAGAGUGUGGGGAGGAUGACAAGGACUUCUUUGUCUAUAUGGAUGAGAAGAUGGAGGUGAAGGAGUCAAAAAAGAAGAAACAGAAAAGCACAGACUCAGAGCGAGGGAGCAAUGAUGGAGAAACGGGGACUCGUAAAUUACUGCAGAUGGACAGCGGCUACGCGUCGAUAGAGGCUCCGUCUCGAGGUCCGGAAGAUCUGCGACUGUUUGGGAGCAGCAGCAUCACCAGCAGCCCCAAAGACAGAACAGCCCACGAGAAAAGGCAUCAUUUCACCAAUGCAGGGCGAACUGGCACGAUAGGUGAGAGUUUUGAAUCUCAUCUCUUCGAGGAGGAGCCUGAAGAUGAGUUGUUGUUGGGUGCCAGUGGAGGAGUUUCCACCGAAACAGGUGCUGGUUCACUGGGGUGGUUUCCAUAUGGUCAUGUGCUCUCUCCUCGAGAAGCUGCACAGCUUCCACCUCAGCAUUUAACCCUGCACCGCCGAGACUACAGCAUAGAUGAGAAGACAGAUGCGCUCUUCCAUGAGUUUCUCCGCCAUGACCCUCAGUUUGAUCAGCAGGAGUCCCCACUAAGAAAGCACCGGUCCCGAAUCCACCUACGCAAGCAGUGGCAGCGCCACAAGCAGUGGAGCGAUCCUGGUGUCAGACACUUCCAGUCCUCCUUUGAGAGACAGCGGACGCCUCUACGGAGGGGUGACAGUGUAAACUAUCCCCUGGACACAAGCUACCACAGUACGCUGCCCCGCAUCGUCAGUGCUCCUGACGAGGAGACGAGCGAUGGGACCAGCAGCACACCUGAAACUCCAAAGGUAGAGCUCACAACAUCUGAGGAUGGAGAAAAGGUGCAGGGCGCCCCUGUCAGAGAUACUGAGGACCACACAACCUCUUCCCCUUCGCGUCUUCAUCCCUCCAUUUCAGAGAAAGACGGAGGACUGACUGAGCUGCCUGACCCUCAGGAUGACAGCAGACAGUCUAGCCACCCCUCUGAACCCCCAGAUGAGCGUUCACGUCAGCUGCUCGACUCGUCGGGAUACGGUCCACAAACCAUCACAGCAGAGCUAACAGACAAACUGAGUGCUAACCUGGAUGAGAGGUUGUACACGGGCCUUCGCAGGACCAAGGACACGGCUACAGAGUGUGUGACCGUGACAGCCACACACGCUUCUCCGGACCACAGCCCAGUGUAGCAGGGCUCCAAUCGUCCUCCUCAUCAACCUCCUGUCUGCUAAUACACUCAUUUCUUUCUGUUUGGUUUGUCUUGCUUCAGUUUCAAUUAAACACCAAUUCCCAGAUAACCGUAGAUACAGCUGAUCCACCAGAAAUGUAUCCACUCUCUCCCUGCAAGUGUCAGCAUUACAAAGCUGUUGAGUCUUCCCAUUUUACAGCUCACUAACAUCAACAUAUCAAAAAUCAUACAAUUUUAGAAAUAACUGCUUCCUCAUUAAGUGUUUCUUUGUGUGUGUAUUCUCUUUAUGCCUCUUUUGCUGUCUUUCUGUCUCUGCUCUCCAGUAAAAGUAAAUCAAGCUGAGAGCUGCUAUGGCCUCUGUACUCCUUGAUCCACUGUGAAACCAGGUGCUAUUAGACAAGUAGAAGGCUAGUGAAGUGGACAAAACAGUUACCUACCAGUGCUGUGAGAGUAAAUACUGUAGUAAAAACAUAGUUGUGAAUUCAAAGAUUGCUUAGAACUAUAUGAAUCAUAAAUUAUCUUGAUGUGGCCUAUUGCAGGGCAACACAGACCCUUUAAAAAAGUUAAAUUAGUUUAGUAGGCUUAGUUCCUUUAAAAAGAUUGACCCAAAUAAGGAAGACGCUACGCUACAUGGAGUUAUUCAGAGUGGUUGUUUAGAUCAGUGGUGUCCAGCCUGUUGGUUGACCAGAUGACAGAAAAGGUCAAAUUGAGGACAUCCUCUAUCACCAACUGUGUGAUUGAAAAUGCUUCUCGGCUUUGUGACACAUUUCUUGUUUACUUGUAACUUUUUGUUUAAUGAGCAGUAAUCUAUUUUUGUAUGUCUAGCUUGCUUAGAUGACAGCGAAAACUGACAGUGCGGCAGGUUUAAAAAUGAGACGUCCUGCCUGCCAACAGGAAGAACUAUCAGACUAGACAAGAUCCAGCACUCUGGUGCAAUGAUUCUUCAUCAGUCAAAGAUCCAUCAGCUAUGACUUUUAUUACUUUGGGCAUCACUGCACUAAGAAUGAGAACAGAGCCAGAGUUGUGUUUAAAGCCAUGAUAAGAGAAAUUACAUAAAAGCUAUUAGAUAUGAAGCUACAACUGAAUUAAUCAGGCAGGCAUGUUCUCUCAUGCUUACAAAACAAGCUUUAUUUGUCAACAUAUGACAUUCUAAUUUCUGUCCCCCCAUCUCCUCUAAUUUUCUUGAGAAAGUUGACAGUGCAGCAGAUUCCUCCCUCGGGGGUUUUAUGGCUUCCUGAAAGGUUAUAAAACUAUCAGAACAAAGUGUCUGUGUUUAAGUCGACUUUUUCUCUCUCUUAUUUUGCUUUUUUUUGCAAUAAAAAACAAGCUGUAGUUGUGUCUAAAUUAAACAAAAAAAAACCAUCAUCAGAUUAAGCUUUUUAGGCAGAGAAUUCAAUGCAGAAUAUGCAUAAAAGGAAACACUGUAGAUGAUGGUGUUGAAUAUUAAUCGUACAAGGAAACGGGGAGUCCUCCUCGCGUCCCCCGUCUCCCUUUACUCCCUUCUUUGAGGUUGGUGCCAUGCAGGCAGUUGAAAGGACUGAAGGGAAAUAUCCGAGCAGACAACAUUAUCCUCCUCUGUUUGUUUGGGUGGAUGAUGAUGAUGAUGCUCCUUUACAGUCUGCCCAAAUUAGAUCUUUCUCCUCUGUGUGACAGGAGUCUCCUAAGUGGACUCUGAGGCACAGGCUGAGUUUCCUAUUACAAGAACAGUGACUGAGAAUAAAGGAGAUGAACUCAAAUAAAGAAUAGGGAGCCUAGUGUUUUUUUAAUUGCUCUUGUCUUCCCCCCACCCAACCACCCACCCUACACACACACACACACACACACACACACACACACACACACACACACACACACACACACACUGAACAAUUAUGUCACAAUUAAAAACCACAAUCCCCUGGAGCAAUUUUGUGCCAUCAAUUAUUGUUCUUCCUAUGUUGGUGCUAGUUAGUAGGAAGGGAAGAAAAUAUCAACAAAUCCCCCUUUCAGUUAGGAGGGAAAUGACACCUCCAUGCUGAUAAUUAUUCAUCCCAUCCUGACAGUUAAUCUUAAAGAGGAAAACCGCUAUGUUUUCCACAAAACGCCCCCCAAAAAGCCAAAAUGUCUCAAACGUGAGUCAGUUUGAGACAACAGCAGCCACAAAAGAAAACGGCCAUAAGGAUUGAACUGAAAUCAGUGCAUCUGUACAAAUAUUACAGUUUGCUGUGUAUACAAGCACAAUAUCACAAUAUCUAGACUGUAUCAAUAUCCUUUAUUAGGUUUAGGCAGAUAUUAUAUAACUGGGGACACUGUGGUAAAUGGUGUUUGUAUACUAACCAGUAGCCUGACAAAUGCGUUGAUGCAUAGCAAUGUUUUGGUCUGCAUGAGUUCAAAUUUUAGUGCAAAUCUUCAUGUUUUCUCAGACUAAUGGUACCGAUCCAGUCCAUAUUUAAUGCUCAGUUGUUUAAUGCAGAAGUCAAAACACUGGUGUGACUAGAGAUUUUGUAUUUUAUGGGAUUUAAGAGUCAUUCUAGGAUGCUGUAAACAACGAGAUUUUGUGGAAUUUAUCUCUUUGAAAGUAGAAGUAUUUCUGUAUUUCUUGCUUGUUAGUAAACUGCUUAUUUUCUCAAAGGAAAAAAGAAAAGAUACAUUUUCUCAACAACUUUGCUUUUGAUGAUCCGAAUCUAUUGAGCCUUGAGGGACCAAAUAAUUUUUAAAAAGUGUUAUUUUAGGCUUGUUUUCCAAUCUGUGAAUAAAUGAAUGAAGCAAAAUUGGUUAUAGCGUGCCUCAUUUCUAGGGAAUGGUUGUUAAUCAAGGCAUGGGAAAGGAUUGCAGAUAAGGUUCCCUCUCAUGAAUCUCAUUUCAUGUUUUUUUCCCUGUUGCUUAGGCUCAUAUUGAUUUCUUGCCUCUUCUUAUCACUUCCUCCAAAUAAUUGGGGAGUAAAGCCAAAUCCUCUCUGUGAUCUACAAAGGGAACUUUUCAAAUGGCUGCCUUCCUCUUCACACCUUAUAAUCUGUCCUUCUGGUAUACAACGUAGACUGGAAAAGGAUCAGUAAAAUACAAAAAAAAAUCUGUCCCACUGCUUGGUGGUUGGGUGGAAGACACAAAAGUUGAUCACAACUCAACACGUAGCCCACACAGCAUGUUAGAAACAUACUGACGGUACAGAAUAACAAAGUUGAGAGAUCGCAAAAGUUGAUCUGUUACUGAUAUGUCCAUUCAAACCCUAAAUGUCUACCUCAUGGUGCAACAAAAGGAAUGAGCAGAGUAGAGCUGCUUCCACACAUGAUUUCCAAACAGUGGAGAGGAUCACUUCUGAAUAUUUUCAAGAGGUAGUUUCAUUGAUAUGCAUGAUGACCGGUGGAAAUAUUCUGUGCAGACCAUGUUGGAAGCAGGACAGAUGAAAAACAAUGGGGCUACUAACUGCAAUAUUCUCACACUGGCCUGAUCGGACAUUAGUUAGAUUAUGGACCAGGAAACUGGCAGGUUAAAGGCCAUUUCGUGUCCAAUGCUUCUAAAUUGCACCUUUGUGUUUACAAGUGCUGCUCUAUUAAGUAAGUUCAGGCCAGAAGUGCAUCUGUGAUUCAUCCACAACAGCACAGUAGAAGAAUUCUCAAAAAAAUAAUCUAAUAACUGUUGAGAUGUUUCAGUCAUGCUCACCAGAUGACCUUUCAUGGACUGACGCCGCAAAAACAAAAUAGUGCCAUAAUAUUUUAAUAUUAUAGUUUUGUUUUUUUCUGUUGCAAUCUUAAUUAAAACCACAUGACAACUAACCAUUGCAAGUACUGCUGGAGGAAAAGCGUGGCUCUGUAUACAUUUUUGAGGUUGGGGUUAACUUUAAGGAAACCUCCGGUGAACUUAUAAGACUGGGAAGUGAUGAAAAAAAGAGCGAUCCAGAUUAAUGCAAAGUCUGUCUCAUCCUGUACAAGCUGGUCAGAGCAGAAGUCACAAAUUAUCUUGUCAAAGUUUGAGAUUCCGCCAACCCACCAAUCAAACCGUGUAUCACAGUCAAAGUAAAGCAAACUGCAGAGUGUUGCUGGCUGAGGUGGAGGAAACUGCAGGGAGAAGAGCAAACAGGCUCCCAGUUCCCUGCUUCAGUAGGCAUGCAUCUUAAGAGGCAUGAAGAAAUAACAAGUCAGGGGCUAUAUGAGUGCAGACAGUCAUAUUCUCAUGAUUAAAAUGUUCUACAAGUACUGCAGUAGAUAUAAUGCUAUCACUUUAAAUAAACACAGAAGAAAAUAACCAGUCAAAGCAAUAAUAAACUGAGAACCAGUGUGACUGUAGUCUGUGUUUUCCUCCCUUAAGCAAGAUUGUUUCAUGUCAUUUGUCCUCGUGGAAAAAGACAAUUUUCAUAAUGUACUGUCCUUAG